AUUUUUAUGUGUAUAUGGAAAUUGUAUUUUCCUUCAAUCAGGAUGCUCGAGCCUCCUUCUUGCAUUCCAUUAUGCAAUCUGUUCGUUCCACUUACGUUUGCCUUUGGUCUUAUUUACCCCAUCCUUCCAAUUGUUUAAUGAAUCUUCAUGGGUUGUUUCGGGAGGAUGAAGAUGAUGAUCAGAAGAAACAACCCAGCAGUUCUUUAGGAAGUUGCCAACGAAGGCUGUUCAAUGACUAUACACAACUGAUAUUUAAUCUUGAAAAUAACCUGAGCCUUGUCCCUGGUCAUGCUUUCAAGAACAACAUUUCAUUUUUAGAGGUUCAGGAAUCUGUGCUUCUAACCCACUCCUCCUCUCAAAUCCAAACCCAGUUUUAUGCUGCAGCUGGGAUUAAGAGAAAUGUGGCCUCGAAGUCUCACUAA